UAUGCUCUUCCUGUUCGACGGUCCGACGGGCGUGCGACGAGAGAAUCGCGUUCUCAACUUCUCGCAAAUCGUGGAUAUCGCGGUCGUGCGAUCUCAUUCUACGAACGGGAUUUUUUCCCACAAAACGAAAAUUAAACUAGUAACACAUCAUUUUCUACACAUUCGUGUAUUACCGCUUAAAAACGAAAACGACUUUCACCGGAUACAUCGAUAAUUUGAUUAACGAAAGCAAGGGGGCUCGCAAAUUAUCCCACAUAACAUUGAAUUUAUUCACAAUGUAUCCGUGCGUUUGGUCAGUUACCGAUAUAUCUGUGUGAUGUACUGUGUUGUUCGUUUAAGUGACAAAGCAAAAGCGUUGGCUCCCAUUCGAGACUAUUAUCCUAUUCGUGAUUACGUUGGGCCGGGAACUGGCCACUUGGUUUAGUCGCCGCGGGGACUCCAAAGCGGUAAAUACGGAGGCGCAGAUCCUGCUUCGCAUCAUUUAUCGUCAGGAUUGCGAUUUAAAAAUGGUGCAGCAAGAUUUGACUUAGGCAAGUCAGACUCAUAUGUUCAAGUGGUAGUCGGGAAUGGCUCGGGGUGGCUCACGGGUGUGAGCUCCGCGAGAGCUACAGACACUCGGCAAGUCAAGUGUAGUGUUGUGCAGUGUCUAGUCAUAGAGUGUGUGUGUUAGUGACGGUGGAGCCGGGAUGCCCUCCGUGAUGUUGUCCGCGGUGCUUGAAGAGGAGCCCGAUCUGUAUGAGGCGUUCCCCCCUCACGUUGACCCCACCGGUAUCACAAUCCUUACUGAUAGCCCACCAGGCAAAAAAGCGCCCCUCAAAACAUUCGAGGAGAUCCAGCCCCUCAUCCAACAGGCCCGCAAGCGCGAGCUCAAGCUACUCAUCAGAGAAAACUCCUGGCCAAUCAACAGCCCCGUCCGCGCCUCCCUCUGGCCGGCUCUCUGCAGACAACAUCAACAUGGAAAGUCUAUGCUCGAUGGAUUCUACUGGGACAUGGUUACACAGGUGUUCGGCACAGUUGAGUUGCCGGACAAGCCGAUCAUGUUGCCGCCCUUCGUGGAGGCGACCCACUGCCUCGGCUACCACCUGACUCGUAAGGGUCGGGCGGUCGCCGACAGGGUUGUCUCCGUCCUUGGGUACGCCUGCCCUGACAUCACGUACAGCCCUAGCCUGUACCCUAUCACCGCUGCGUUAUUGCACUUCAUGCCUGAGGAAGAAUGCUACCACUGCAUGGCGAGCUUGGUGGCGUCCAAGGAAAAGAUGUUCAUCACGCAAACGAAACUACUCAACGAAGUUACAUGGAAGACUGUUAUGCAGAUCGCUAAGAAACAUGCCAAGUCGGCGGCGCAGCACCUGUCGCGGCUGUCUGGCGCGAUCGGCCCUGAACGGAUCUACGCUGACUGGCAGUGGUGGAUCCUCGCCGCGCUGCCCUUCCCGCACCUCGUCAGGGUGCUCGACUGCUUCUUCCAUGAGGGGAUCAAGGUGUUCUACAGGGUGGCGCUAGCGAUCCUCAUCCUAUUCAACAAGCAUGCUUCGAACCAGAGCUCCGAUUGGUACGCCGAGGCCACGAAGAAUGGCGUCGACCACGCCAUUGACAAGUUCUGCAGGAACAUGCCCGCAUCGCCCACUAAACUGCUCAGGACCGCCUUCAGUAUAAGGGCGUUAAGUUCACAGUACAUAUCCCGGGUGUUCAUCAAGACAGAAAUGACGCUCAAGUCCAAGCAGGUCAUCACUGGCUCCCGCCUCGUCCGCUCCCGGUCAUCAGACAACCUUCCCACCAGCCAAUCACAAGUCAACAUACAAAUGAUGUCACACACUCUUACAAUCCGCGAAAGAAUGUCUGAGGAAACGUGCAAACAAAUGGGCUCACAUUCGCCGGGCCCGCGCGCCCUAUCGAUGGGCGUAUUCCCAAUCCAAGCCAUAAGGUCGCAGAUUCUAGACCAGAGCGAACUGUUCACGUUAUGGUCGUGGUUGCCAGUUCGCAUCACUAUGUACCAACCAGUGUUGCUAUAUACGACCGAGGAGCACGGUUGCUCGUUAACCACCUUCUACGUGAGGGUGGAACACCAUGAACCAACAUUGCUCAUGAUCAAGACAUGUAAUAAUGAGGUAUUCGGUGCGUAUUGUUCGACGAGAUGGUUCGAGCGCAACCAGAAGGACGAGCGCGGCAACCGACAGGCUUACUUCGGCACCGGAGAGACAUUCCUCUUUAGCUUGCAUCCACUACGAGCAAAAUACCCGUGGGUUGGGUGUCUAGAGGACAAGGUUGAGGGUCCAAGCGAUCAGAAAGAGGCCAGGACUCCACACGCCAAUUCUCUCUUCAUGGCGGCUGAUAAUACCAUGAUUACGAUCGGUGGAGGUGACGGCCAAGCGAUCUGGAUGGACGAGAACAUCAGGUUCGGCAAGACUGACCGCUGCUCGACCUUCAACAACCCGCCGCUGUGCCCGAGCGGGGACUUCGAGAUCAGGGUCCUCGAGGUGUACGGCUUCUCGGGGGCGUAGGCCCUCCACUUGAAUAAUCUCGAUAUCACCAUAGUUUCAUAUCCCCCGUGUGAUAAAUGUUGUGAUCGCUUCACUCCGCUGGAGCGCUACGUACGAGUGCGUGCCGGUCGAGGUUAUCAAUAGAUCCCCAGGGAUUUCAUCCGCCAUUAUCUCGCCAAUCCUCACACUCUUCUGUUGACCUGUAGCGACAGUGCCGCGCACUGGGUACCCGGUACCCACCCUCACCAUAUUUCAGAGGAAAUCCCCCUCGUAGCGAUGUAUUGAUCACCCUUUGCCGAUAUAACAGACUGUGUAGAUGUAUUCCUAAUAUUUAUUCUACAAGUUAAUCUCGGUGUGGACCCCGUAGCUGUCCUUUUCUAUUCAAAGCUGUCCGUUUAAGACAACGAAGACGGGGAAUGUAGGUUGUUUAAAUAUUUACUCGUGUUUAGAAUGUGUAAGUACAAAAAUUUUGAAUGUAUCGUACCUACUCUUGAUGGAUUAAAUAAUACGCUUAUUAUGAAAGCAAUAUGUAUCUGUGGGGCGCAGCCGUGCGGUGGGAACGUUCGGGGACUCGGGCGAUGCGAACAUUCCAGUGACUCGACUCAUAACAUCGUUCUCUCAUUGCGACGACUCAGCCUAGUCGUACACGUACGAACUAAUUCGGUCCAAGCAACAGUAUUUCGGUAUCGUAUUGUAUGUUCAUUAUUGCUUGUUAGGAUUUAUACUCGCUGAAAUUUCGUCGUUGCUCACAAAAAUGUACCAAAGAGUUUAUCUUGUAAUGAAUUUAUUUGUGACUCGAUGCUUCGUCAUAGAAUCACGGCGAUGUCGCACUACAUACGAACAAUACGUUCGAGACCACAGACGCUCAGCUAACUUGUAGCUUGCGAACAAAUAUAGUAUAUCAGUGCUAAUCGCAAACAAUUCUCGCUCCUAUCACGAAGUUGGAAGGUUCAUCUCUCACUGCCAUCGUUCGCAGUCAAAAUAGUAUUAUUUAUUAUGUAUUUCAAAGGUGAUGUGCCAAAAUCGGACCAUAUAACGAAUUGGCUUUACUAUGAACUCCGGGUAAAAAUCUGGAUUAAUUUCUUUUAUACAUAAAAUUUAUGUAAAAGUGAUUUUACAUUUAUUGUAUAUGUUUAUUAACGAAACGUAAGUGGAUUAGUUUAUUUUUGUUUUAUCGAAAAUAUGUCGAAAUUAUUUUAGUUAAUCCGUUUGAGUCCGUUUGUCGGAACGUGGUUGUUGUGUUAGUUAAUUGAUGUGCUACUAACAGUUAGUAGUAGUGCCGUUGAUAUUAAGUUUAAUAGGUGUUUUACUAGGAAGGGGGGGUUGUUGCGGGGGUCAGUUUCGACAGACGGACGUCAAACUCUCGUUAAGCAAUGCAGGCGACGUGUAGGUACAGUCGGGAACGAUAGAAGCGUGCAAACAUAUCCCUCGCGGUACAAAGGGGUACAACCUGCGUUCGUGUCACCCGCGGCUUAUUCCGCUACGGUUUAUUUGUAAAUAUUAUUUUCUGCAGUCUCCUAACUACCGGACCAUGCUCGACCAACACUUUACAGUUUAAUCGCCUCACGAGGCCCGGACGGAUUGUUAUGUAAAAAUGUUCACAUGUACCUGAGUAAUGUGUUUAUAUAUUAUGUGAAGUUGUGAAUGUCGUUAAGUAUUGUAGCCCAUACACAAAUAUUAUAUCGUUUGGUUAAUAUAGACAUUCUAACUUUUUGAAUAUUUAUAAGGUAUUUGAUUUAGAGGAGGUUAGUUUAAUAUAGGGAUUUGGACGGCCCGGUACGUGGCCUGUUCAAUUUAAUACGCGAAGUUGCCUCUUGAGCAUAGUACAGCUCUAUAGUAUUUAAGAAUGAAGUAAAACUCAACAUAACAAUAAUGAAAUUAUGGUUUCGAUUAAACUGCAAGGGUGGUCCCUAACACGGCAUGGUCGCUACUUAGUGGGCUGUGCGUAGCGAUGGGUUUCGUCAUGGUACUACAUGCUAUAUGUUAUUCAGAAGCCUAAGACUCGUUUUAAAUUCAAAUUAUUUAUGUAACUUAUUGAUUAGGUAACCUGUAACGUUUAUAUUGUAUGUUAUGAAGCGUCUCUCUGCGGCCGACGGACUCACGGUCACAUGUUUUUGUUUUUAUUUUAUGAAGUUAAGGAGAUCAAAGUGUUUGGCCGGUGCAGUCGAGGGCGGCGCGCACUGUUUGCGUGCGGCCCUCGAGUGCAGCGCGUCGAUAUAUUUAUGUUAUGUACUAAGGUCGCCCGCACAGAGACGAUACUCGCGAUAUGUUGCUGUUAGCCAAUUGUCGUUGAUCAGUGUAAAGUCUAGUCUUUAUCCUGUUUUUAUUAUCUCUAACGAUAUAAUAUUAUGUAAACUAUAUACAAAUUGAUAUUUAAAAAAAAGUUCGUGCGUUUUUUGCCCCAUUAUGGGGCGCGUAGGCUCGUGGUUAGUUAGUAUAUAAGUACAUUUAAUAUAUGUAAAUUUAUUAAUCUCCUUUUUCCUUUUCAGUAUUGUGUUGUUUUUUUAUGUGAGGAGCAUAUCAUUGUGUGACAUGUAUGUGAGGCGUGGAUGUAGUGAGCUUUGUUUUGUUACUAUGUACUGUUACAUUCGAAUAGUUUAGCCCGCCGCGCACGCGACGGUCUCAAACUCGUUUAUGGUAAUGUAAAUGUUGCUUCAUAAUGUGUAAAAAAAUAUAUAAUCCUAUAUACA